CUUUGGCAUUCGAAGUGUCCUCGUUUCCUCUCAUUCUCUCCUUCUUCUCACAUUCCUCCGAGCGUUCUUCAAUUGAUGCACUGAUUUGCUGAAACGCGGCGUGACAGGAGAGCUUCCACAACCUCGAGAUUUUGACGAGGAUCCUGUAGAUUGUGGUGCCUUGUAUUGCGGGCAAGGUCCGGUGGGGAUGAGCGUGGAUUUUGACACAAAUUUGGAUUGAGUUGAGCUUAACUCUCUCGCUUGCUGCGUGGUGCAAGGUUUAUGAGUGGCAGUGGAAGCAGAUUAGCGACGAGGAAGGGGUGAGUGUUGGGAUAGGCGCUUGGUGAGAGAAAGGAAAAGGUUGUGUGGAGGAUCUGAUUGGCCUGGCUGAGUUCUUCGGGAAGAAGCAAGUGAAUGUAGGCUUUUAUGAUGGCGUGGCAAGCACCGCAACAGCACAGCCAGCCUCAGCAUCAGCAACAGCAGCAACCGCAGCAGGACCUGGCCUCUCACUUUCAUUUGCUUCCACUUAUCGAGUCUCUAGCGGAUGCUAUGGAGAGAGGAGCUGUGGACCAACACGUGAAUGAGCUGGUGAACGAUCUUGCUUCCCGUUUCGAAAGAUGUCAGCAGUUGCUGAACAACAUUACUGUUACAGCUAACUCAAAACCUAUGACAGUUCGUUGGCAGAAGCAGAAACUGGAAGAAUACGAGAGUCAGUUAAAUAUAAGGAGCGAUUUGCUCCUGAAAUACAAGACCAUGGUGGAGCAAGCUGUGAAUCCAGAUCAAUAGUAUCUGCCGAAAUAUGAGUCACUUUCGAAGGCAGUACUCGAUGUACUUUCAAAACAGUAGAUAUCACUAGAGGAUUUCUUGUGUAGUUGACAUGACAGUUGAGCUGUUUGCGUAUUCGUCGAAAUCUGAAGUUUCCGGGUCACCUUGGGCCUGGUUUGGCGUAUUUUGUGCUUUAUCACUGCUUACGUGUCGCUCUCCAAGUUAUUUUUCAAAUAAAGCAGUGACUUGUCCAGAUUAUAGUGAAGAAGAGACUCAGAUCUACAGCACUCUCUCU